UACGCUUGUGUGUUUGAUAUCAGGCUCGGGUCUUGCCGGACUCCAAUUCUCGCCAUGCGUUUGACUUCUGCCUUACGAGCCUCCUGGCAGCCUGACACUCUACGCUAUGUAGACCGAAGUGAAGUAAAAGCCUCAUACUGGAAAAAUGGGCGAAUGUCUCCCGGCCUUCUACGUGCCCGACGCCAAUUCCGCACCAAGAACACUUUCGGCGGCGUCGUCCUCCUCACCUUCGUCGCUGGUGUCUUCGCAUAUUCCAUCGCUGCUGUGAAACAGGACGUGUUCGACGACCUAGACGAUGAAGUGAAGACACGCGCCCUUCAGGAAGCACCGCGGGUCGUGUUGUCGGCUGAGGACGAAAAACGGGUCAUGCAGGCUGCUACGAGUGCUGCAACGAAGGGUCCGACGUUAAGGAAGCCUCGAGCGGAUGGGGAUCUCGCUGUUGCUUCGGCGGGGGCGGACGCUAGUGCGGCUGCUGCUGCUGCGUCUCCGCGCGGAGUGGUCGCCGCAUUCCUAGCGAAACGAUAUCCGACGCUAUUGGAUCCGACCAGCCACACCAUUGUAUGGGGCGCACCGCCAGUCGAUCGGAUAGGUAGUGUAGGAGACAAGAUGCCAUAGGCGAUCGUCCCUGUACUAGGAUCUUCUAUGACUUCAGCUCUGGGGCUGGAUCGUGGCUGCUCUUGACCUCAAGUGCUG